GUCGUAAUAAAUACUUCUAUUAUUUUUGUUAUUUUUGUUUUUGUAAAAUUCUGUAAAGACAAUUAAGACUUGCAGAAAGAUAUUCUUCAUCCAUGGAACGAGUAAUAUUCCAUCCGAGAAUUCUUGUACGGAAGGCACUCGCAUAACGAACGACGAUUUAUGAUCCAAUGUUCCCUUUGAAUGCAAUCCAUUUAAAAAAAGUUAAACAGUAAACAAGUUUUUUCUUUCUCAUGUUUAGUGAUGAAGCAAGCGGAAUUAAAGAAGCGAAGAUAAACACUCAUCUACGAGAAAAAGUCGAAAGUUGGCGAAAAGAUCAACUGUUACUAAAACAGAGACUCGUAUACGAAUCCAAAAUCCAAGAUGUGGACUCCAUAAGGUACAUAGCCGGACUAGAUAUAUCUUUCGACAAGACAAGCCCAAAGGCUGUUUCGGCCCUUGUCCUUUACGAUUUUCAGGAUGCUCAGGUCAUAUAUAGAGAUUAUUUAGAGAUUGAUAGCCUAAAAGAAGAAUAUGUUCCUGGAUUUCUGUCGUUUCGUGAGAUUGAAUGGUAUUUACCACUAUUGGAAAGGAUUCCCCAAAACUAUUCUAUCGACCUUAUUAUGGUUGAUGGAAAUGGUACCUUACAUCCAAUACAAUUCGGCUUGGCAUGCCAUCUAGGUGUUUUAAUUAACUUGCCUACUAUGGGAGUAGCCAAAAAUUACUUCCAUUGCUUUGGACUGAAUGAAUCUUUAGAUGAACAUAGACAACGUCUUUCAAAUCACAUCUUAACGAACCCAAGCAGACCUCCUUUAUUAUUACAUUCCUUAAGGGAACCAUCUACUAUCUUAGGUGCAGCCGUCUGGACGAGAAGAGAAUCCAAACGGCCUAUAUAUGUAAGCAUAGGAAAUCAGUUGACUUUGGAUAUCGCUAUACAGCUAGUUUUCCGAACCAGCGGUGUUGAUAGCAAAAUCCCAGAACCCAUUCGACAAGCUGAUAUAUUUGCAAAAUUCGUGAUCCAUGAGCGAAAAAACGCACAAAAAAGGGGAUGAAACACUUGAGCACACAAUCUUAGCAUAGAACAGUCAUUCAUGUUGUAGUAUUAAAAUUGGAAUUAAAGUAUAUAAAAGGUACCUAUAUUAGCAUUAAAUAAUUCUCCCUCUAACCAAAUUUAAUAAAUCGUACAAACGUAAGCAAAAAUUAAAAGAUGCCUCUCUUUAGGUAUCAUAAAG